UCGCAAGAAUCUACCAGAUGGCGCUUAUUUCAAAAUGGCGUCUCAAAUGGAGAGCAUGCUGAAACAUUUUCAAAACAAUAACAGAAUACGCGAUAUACAAGCCCAUUCGGCCAAAGUUCACUCAGUAGCAUGGAGUUGUGACGGCCGGAAGUUAGCAUCGGGAUCUUUUGACAAGACAGUCAGUACUUAUUCACUGGAUCGCGAUAGAUUGAGUAAGGAUCACAUAUUCCGUGGCCAUGGUGACAGUGUUGAUCAAUUGUGUUGGCAUCCACGCAAUUCAGACCUCCUUGUCACAGCUAGUGGGGACAAGACUGUUCGCAUCUGGGACACUCGCUCCAGCAAGUCAGCAGCUACAAUUAACACAAAGGGUGAGAAUAUCAACAUCUGCUGGUCUCCAGAUGGAAGCACUAUUGCUGUGGGCAACAAGGAAGAUCUGGUCACAUUCAUUGAUGCAAAGACUCAUAGAUCAAGGGCUGAUGAACAAUUCAAAUUUGAAGUAAAUGAAAUAUCUUGGAACAACGAUGGUGAUCUCUUCUUCCUGACAAGUGGUCAAGGCAGCAUACACAUCCUCAGUUAUCCUGACUUGAAAUUGCAGCAUGUCUUGAAUGCACAUCCUGCAAACUGUAUUUGUAUAGAGUUUGAUCCGACUGGAAGUUACUUUGCCACUGGGAGUGCAGAUGCUCUCGUCAGUCUGUGGGAUGCAGCAGAGUUUGUGUGUGUUCGAACAUUCUACAGACUGGAUUGGCCAGUGAGGACACUCAGUUUUAGCUGUGAUGGGAAAAUGCUGGCUUCAGCCUCAGAAGAUCUGGUGAUUGACAUAGCAUAUGUAGAAACAGCUGAGAAACUUGCAGAAAUCCCGUGUGAAACGCCUACAUUUACAGUUGCCUGGCACCCAAAACGACAUCUACUGGCAUUUGCAUGUGAUGAUAAACAUGAGCGUGACCGAGACUCUGGUUUGGUCAAAGUAUUUGGUUUCCCUGAUUCUUGAGGAUUCAAAUUUGCCAAUGUAAAUUCAUCUCAAUGUAUCAACUACAAUUUUGUGAGGGAUGAGAAAUAAGUGAGAAUAUAUCAGAAUUUUACUGAUAUUUUACUUUAGUUAACAGGCCUGAGAAUAUCUGAAAAAGCAUAAGUGCAGUCUUAGAAAACCAUUUGAAAGGCUUUAUUUUUCAUGAAAACCCCCUGGAUUUGUUAGCCUGGUUUGUUAUAGCUGAAAUGACACUAGGAACCAACGUGUCCAACUGUUAUAAUUUCCACCUCCUCCUUGAGAUUCAUUGCAACAUUGAUGGAAGGAAACACACCUGUCACUGAAAUAUCCUGUUCUGAUGACCUGGCUGAAUGCGUUGCCUGAUAACUAUAACACACAUAUGCAAAUGUUGUACUAGUAUGUGUGUCAAAUCAAAUUAAAUUGUGUUUACAAUUAGCUGAAUGUAAGAAUUUUGUUUGACAAUGGAGAAAAUAAUUAUUCAUAUGUGUGUGCAUUAUCAUAAUUUUUUAAAUCACCAAUGUUAGAUGAACAUGGCAAUCAGCUGUCAGUUCAGGUAAGAGUGUCUGCUUAUGAAACAAGUCCAUUGUCCGUCCCCUCUUUAUUUGUUGAGGUCAACUGAAUCAUCACUCUUUGUCAGGGAGACAAGACCUCUAAGAAUGUGGAUGAAUUAAUAAUGAAGCAACCCCAUGUGGUGCCUUGGCAUCUCAGGGAUAUCAUAGAAUCUUGCAGAAUCCUUUAUAGCCGCGAUAGAUAUGUUUGGUCAAGAUCAUCCUCAAACUUCAUUUACUGCCUAACUAGAGACAAAUUUACUGUAGUCCAGUGAAACAUCAUUUAGAAAAGGUUCUGAGUUACCUGUGUGUCAGGUCAGUAUCAUAAGUAGUGUAUGGUUGCUAUUUUCACUAAAAUUCCAUUUUCUGCAGAUGUUUGCAUGUAGUGGUAAUGUUAGUGAUGAUAUCAAUGGCAGAUUGCUGUGACCUACUUUCAAUGAGUAGCAUAUACUAUUUGUUUUGUUGUAUCUACAUAAGGAUAUCAUGUUUGGUUCACAUGUUGGAUAGCCCUUUGGAAUGUUCUUGAAAUACUUAUCACUUAUCUUAAAAUUUGAAUUGACUCUCAAGAUCAUACAUUCAAAAUAUACACAAAGAAAAAUGUUAAGCACACCCCUAUUUCUGAACUAUGACAAAUGGCAAAAAUCAUGGCAUGGGUUGACUGACCACAGGAGCUGGGCGAUACCAAUGUCAUCGGAUAGAACAAACAUUUGACAACAAAUAAAGAAGAUAUUGGUGAGUUGUGAUUGAAAUUUACUGACAAAAGCAUCAUGGUAACAGAGGUACUGUUUUUGACCUUAGACAAUACCUAAAAAAAGUAUGGAGCUGCAGGAUUAAGUAAACAAGUUACGUUUGAUGUUUCGUGUGAAAAUGUUCCUUAAAGUCUCUACUUGACAUGACACGUGAAACAGAUCAGGAGCGGGUAUAACCGUCACGUGCCUGGAUGACACAUUCCACCCUACAUCUCACGCCUCCAGUCAGACAUUGGAUCUGUUGAUGGGUCAACAACAACCACUCCUGAUGCAAUGCUGCUUCCAAUUGGCGUAAAUCUUGUACAGGAGGAUCUCGUGCCUGUAUGUGCUGCCCCAGAAUAUCCCAAACAUGUUCAAGGGGUUUCAAAUCUGGGCUCAUUGCUGGCCAGGGUAGAGUCGUUAUUGCAUUGCUCUGAGCCCCUGUUAAGUUGCCCCUUAUGGUGACCAAAUCCAACCUGCAAUCAUGAGAGAUACACCCCAAACCAUUACCAAGCCCCCACCGUAUGUAACAGUCGGUUUAAUGUUCCUGGGGGUGUAGGCCGUGUCCCGGUGCCUCCAAACUCUUGUUCUUCCAUCAGUGGCGUGGAGCAGAAAGCGACUUGCGUCUGACCAAAGGAUCCAUCUCCAAGUUCUCCAAUUCUAGCCCUCAGUCCUGCUGCUUUCAGCCAGUUUCUGACGGUUCUGGUGCUGAAACGACAAUGUGGCAACCAAAGCUGUUUCAGACGAGUACUUGUUAAAAAAGGUUCUCAGUGUAUGAGACGAAGAAGGUCCCUGUCUUUGUGAUGUGUCGUCACAGGAGGUCUUCCGGAUUAAGGAUGGUCCUGUACAUCACCGGUCUGAGCAUGUUUCUCAACUAAAUGGUUUACGACAGUGUGAUGAUAUCCCAAAUUCCGACCAGUGGCAUUACAAGAGAUUUGUGCGUUAUGCAUGCCGAUUAUUUGCCAUCUUGUGGCGUUUGAUAAUCGCCUUCGUGCCAUGGUCACACAAUGUCAUGGAAUCACUGUUUGAAACCGAGGUUAAGAAAGCAAUUUUAACGUUUGGAUAUACUGCUUUUAGAGAUACUCAAGGGUAGCAUGCUGCACGGACAUACCAUGCAUGGCACGUGAGCUUUCAUCACACGACUGAUUACAUCAUUUCGAGAAAACACAAUUCUUCCCGUAAUUAUUUCUUUCAUGACUGUUACAAAUAUUGAGACCAAACAAUAAUGAAAUAUAUUAGGGAGUGCUUAACUUUUUUCUUUGUGUAUAUGUAUUAUGGUCUCAAUAACUCCAGGAACAUUCAUUGUACAUUGGAUAAAACUUGGUUCACAUCACCCCUAGGGUAAAUUGUUGAAGUGGUUAGGUCAGUGGAAUGGUCAUUCAUAGGUAGUUUUGCUUCUUUCUGUAUUUAACCAACACCCUCUGUUUGUAUAACAUGAUUGCAAGAGCUAAUACCUAUGUUUUCGACCAAAAAUAAUUGAGUAUGUGAUUGGCUGAAAUUGAAGGUCAAGGUAAUUAAAUCUGGAGAACAUGUUAUUUUCUGUUUUAAGCUGUGUUGCAUUAGUCAUGUAACAGGAAGUGAUAUAUCGCAACUGGUAGUGCAUUACGUUCAUAUUAAUAUUGUCAGAGGCGUAGGACUUUCUGCUUCUGAAUAUGACAUGUAUUUUCAACAAACAGAAGUGAUAUCAUUCAACUGGAAAUGAGUACAACUUUCUUUUUAAGGUAGCUGGAGACAUAGGGCUUUGUGCAGAAGUGAUGUAGUUACCGUGGAAAUACCUUAAGGUUCCUCUUUGUUGUCAUUAGGUCAUCUGGUAUAAGGAUGUAGUAGGCAUGCAUUUCACCAACUUGAAAGUGAAAGUAUCACACUGGAAAUGCAUGGUGGUAUGUUGUUAUUUCUUGGAACUUCUAGAAAUGGCAGAGAGGGAACAACUUUUGCUUUUGCAAGUAUAUGCAAACGCUUUUGGGGCUAAUGUAUAUUUUGUUGUUAUACAGUGAAAGAAGCUCUUGUAAAAUGUCCAGGUCUGGCAAGCUCAGGCAUCUCAAGACUUUAGUUACCGGUUGAGCCUGUCCCAGUCUUCUUCUAAUGAAGACAAUGUUAAACCCAACUCACUCACUCUAACCAGGAAGCUAGUCCUCUGUCACUGGUACAGACGCAAUGACUGAAUGUCAAUCCUGAUACAAAUCUUGACCUUGUGCAAGCUUUUUGGAAAAGGAGUGGUGCAUUUUGUGAACAGAACGUAGCAUGCCAGGGAAAGAUGAAAGAAAGUAGUCUGCAGUCAAUUAGCAUUUGAUAUAACAUGUUUUUUAUGUUGAAAACAUAUUUUCCAACUGAACUAGUUGGUGUUAACAUUGACAUUUGAUUUAUGUAUGUACAACUAAAUCAUUUGAAGCCAUAUUAAACUCCAUCUCCAGUGAUGAAGAGUAUACAUAGUGAUCAACAACCAUCAGUUUCAGUCAAUGUUCAACAUAUUCUUUCACCACAAUACAGAUUUCAGCAAAAGUGAAUUAAAAAACAUGAAAAUUAUGAAUAGCUCAUAUGCAAACUCCAGCACUUCCUGAAUAUAAAGUUCUGUGUGAAAAAUAGGUUCUUCCUACCAAAAAUAAACUGCAAUCAAAAUAAACUCUAAAGUAGGAUUCAGUGUUUCAGAAUGUGAAGAGUUUAUUUAUCUACCUUCAAUGUACCACACAGCAACUGAAAUGCAUGUUUAAAAGGCGGCCUCAAAUAGGAAAGGGGGAGGUAUUGUGGUUUGGUCAGUGGAACGUGGUGGGGGUGUUCACCAUACAAGAUACUGAGGCUCCACUGACCCACGUUCACACAACACCCGACACGAUUGGAUAUCCACCAAUUGGAACGCUGCUAGCAGACUGGUGUGGCACUGAUUUCCCCAAAUAUUGAACCAAAGUAGAAUGCAACAAACAAGAAAAUGAUAUAUUUUUUAAAAUGUUGAUCAUGAUGAGGUUUACAGAAGCAAAUAGAGUAUGUUAAUCUGUUAACACUCUUGAAAAGUCAACUGAAGAAACAAAUGCAAAUAGUUUAUGUACUGUGUCCAGGGUAACUAAAGUUUCUGAUUUGCCUUUUGAGGAUUUAUUUGUUUACUUGUUGUUUAACGCUGCACUCGGAAAUAUUACAGAAGUUUAAUGGGAACCUAUAGAUAUGAUGGAAGUCUUGACCAGACAAACCAGUGAUGUUAUAAUGAGCAACACUCAAUUCUGUCACAGAGCCUGACCACCCAAUCCAUCUUUCAUCCCUUUGGACUGACAUGUUUCCCUCUGUAUAAAAGGUAUAAAACAAUGACUGGUUGUGCCAAGUGUCAGUAUAGUGUCUGAGUGAGGUUUUCGUGUAAACUGCAUGGGUGGUAAACUCAUCCGGCUAGCACUUCAUAACUGGUAUUAUUCCAGGCUACUACAUGCUUACACUCCCAACCUACCUUAUGCUGCUGCCUAACACCAGACCCCAUACAGCUUACACUAGAACUGACCACUGAAGAUCCCGGUCUUCAGCCACCUAUGCUUGUGGUAAGAGGUGACUGAUGGGAUCGGGUGGUCAGACUCGCUGACUUUGUUGAUGCAUGUCAUCGUAUCCCAGUUGCAUUGAUCGAUGCUCAUAUAAAUCAUUGGAUUUAUGGUCUCAAUUAAUACGUGUGUACUGACCACCAUCACCUGUUUUGAGUAUCAUUACUAUUGGGGAUAAAUAAUGUAUGAGGUGUAAGUCACCCGCGGCAUUCAUAUUGACACUGUCACUGUAAAAGGACCAACAAUACUAACUCUGCGCUAAGGUAUUCGGUGGAAAGUCCUGCUAGAGGUAAUGUCUCCAAAGAGAUGGUAUUGUGUUUCGAGGGACAUUUAAAUGUCUGGCAACUUAGUUUUGCUCCAAUCCUGUUUGUAGCAUAUCCAUGGCGCGCAGAUAUGGACUUAAUUAGCUUAUUGUUGAUAUAAAUGUAUUAAAAAAAUUGAUUAAAACAUUGUUUAUAAAUUAUA